AUGAUUUUCAUCCAUUCUAUCUAUCUAUCUAUCUAUCUAUCUAUGCCUAUUCUUAUCUCUCUCAGCCUAUUCAUAUCUAUCUAUCUAUCUAUCUAUCUAUCUAUCUAUCUAUCUAUCUAUCUAUCUAUGCCUAUUCAUAUCUCUCUCAGUCUAUUUAUAUCUAUCUAUCUAUCUAUCUAUCUAUCUAUCUAUCUAUCUAUCUAUCUAUGCCUAUUUAUAUCUCUCUCAGUCUAUUCAUAUCUAUCUAUCUAUCUAUCUAUCUAUCUAUCUAUGCCUAUUCAUAUCUCUCUCAGCCUAUUCAUAUCUAUCUAUCUAUCUAUCUAUCUAUGCCUAUUCAUGUCUCUCUCAGUCUAUUCAUAUCUAUCUAUCUAUCUAUCUAUGCCUAUUCAUAUCUCUCUCAGUCUAUUCAUAUCUAUCUAUCUAUAUAUCUAUCUAUCUAUCUAUGGCUAUUCAUAUCUCUCUCAGUCUAUUCAUAUCUAUCUAUCUAUCUAUCUAUCUAUCUAUCUAUGUCUAUUCAUAUCUCUCUCGGUCUAUCUAUCUAUCUAUCUAUCUAUCUAUCUAUCUAUCUAUCUAUGCCUAUUCAUAUCUAUCUCAUUCUAA